AUGGAAGUUGCAACAUCAGCAGGACAAUCACAAUCACCACCAAUUACUGUUGAGAAACAAGUUACAUUUCAAUAUGCUAAUGAAUGUGAUUUAGAAAUUCAUUGUUCACCUUUUGGUUUAAGUGGGUUAUAUAUCAAAAUCAAUGGUACAAAUAUCAUGGGUAUUGGGUCAACAAUGGGAUUGAUAACAGGUUCCACUAGAGGAUUGAUACAUUAUAAUGAUAGUAAUGACUUGAUAGAUCAGAAGUAUAAACUUUAUGUGGUAGUAGAUGAUGAAGGCAUGUUGAGAAUAGAUUUUGCAAAGAUUUACACGAAUUCCAAUGACAACGACAAGAUUGUUCUGUCCAAAGAAGGAGAACAAGAAGAGGCACCAACUUUGGUUUUUAGAGGUAAAUGUCCUGAAGGUCGACCUGAUAAUAUUGAACCAUUUAUCGGAAUAUUUUCAUUUGAAAGAGAAACGUGA